UUCUGACAGUAAAAAUUCUUCAAAGCAAUGUAAAAAUACUCCUCUUCAGCAAGCUAUCCGAUAUUCUUUGGGCAAGAUUAAUUCUUCUAUUGAUACCGUUCAAUUCAAACUUACUUCUCUUCAAUCUUCUUUUGAUCAUGAAAUUCCUGAUAUUCGUAAUCAAGUCA